GGUUCUGAACUGGCCUCAAGGACAUCGAGGAUCGAGAAGGCUUCCUCCCGGUGUGUAGCCUGGGUCUGGGCCAGGUGGGGCGGCUGAACCUGGGCCAGGAGGUCAGCAGCCUGCGGUACUUCCCCAUCUGCGGGCUGCAGGAGGGAUUCGAGCCCUUCGCCAUCAACAUGAAACGCGACAUCAGCAUGUGGUUCAGCAAGAGCCUGCCGCAGUUCUCCCCCAUCCCCCCUGAGCACCCCCACUACGAGGUGUUGCGCAUCGACGGCACGGUGGACAACCCGCCCUGCCUGAAGUUGACGCACCGGACCUUUGGCUCGCAGAACGCGGUGAGCGAGCUGCUCUUCCUGCGGCUCAGCAUGCCCGUGGAGUUCCACGAGAAAUUCAAGUGCACGGCAGGGGCCACACCCCUCACCCACGCCCUCACCAUCCCCGAGGAGGACGUCAAGGAUGUGGACCUCGACUCCGAGUUCGAGGUGCUCCGGAAGUCGGCCGGGCGUAAGGAGGCCGAGGAGGCCGAGAAGGAGAAGCAGGGGGGGGCCCUGGCCUCCCCCAAGGAGCCCCCCAGGGUGGAGAAUGAGAAGGAUGCAGCAUCGGAGAAGGGCAAGAUCAAGAGGGGCUUCCUGUUCAAGGCAAAGAAGGCCACGUUCAUCACCCCGCCCCCGGUGGUGCCCUCCGUGCAGCGGCUGGAGGAAGACGUGGUGCCUGACGACCGCGACGACCCCGAGAUCAUCAUGAACACCACCACGUACUACACUCUGGGGCAUUUCGGCGGGCCAGGAGCCCACCUCGUCUGGGUGGGCCUGGGUCACCCGACUACCAUCAGCACGACAUGCAUUCGACCUGAGCAAGGUGCGCCACGUCACCAGUCUCCCAUGGGCGCGACCAGGGCCACAUCCACGACAAGCACGCGGACCUGGUGCUCGGCUGCCUGGUCGAUCUGGCACGGGGCUUAUGCCUUCACGGCCAACGGCCAAGGAGGAUCCAACACCUUCUACCAGGUGGAACCGAACACCAAACUCUUCCCGGCCGUCUUUGUCCUUCCCACGAGCCAGAAUGUCGUCCAGUUCGAGCUGGGCAAGAUGAAGAACAUCAUGCCCCUCUCAGCUGCUAUGUUCCACAGUGAGCGGAAGAACCCUGAGCCGCAGUGCCCUCCGCGCCUCGUCAUCCAGAUGCUGACACCGGUGACCUGGAGCCGCGUGCCCAACGAGUUCUUGACCGUGGAGACAGCCCGCAUCAGUGACCGGCACGGCUGGAUGGUGGAGUGCGGUGACCCCCUGGUCAUGAUGGCCUUGCACAUCCCUGAGGAGAGCCGCUGCAUCGAUAUCCUGGAGCUGUCGGAGCAUCUGGCCCUGCUGACGUUCCAGCACCACUCGCUGCAGCUGUACUGCGCCGUGUGCGCCCUGGGCAACAACCGGGUGGCCCAUGCCCUGUGCAGCCACGUGGACGAGUCCCAGCUGCUGUACGCCAUUGAGAGUCCCCACCUGCCCGGCCCGCUGCGCAGCGGCUACUACGACCUGCUUAUGAGCAUGCACCUGGAGUCGGCCAAGCGGGCCCGGCUCACCAUGAACAGCGAGUUCAUCGUGCCCAUGACGGAUGCCACCAAGAGCAUCCGGCUCUUCCCCGAGGGCAGCCGGAAGCCCGGCCUGCCCGGCGUGGGCACCAGCACCUGCCUGCGCCCGCCCCUGCACUUCUCCCCGCCCUGCUUCGUCAGCACCAGCCCCGAGCGGUACCAGCUGAGCCCUGAGCUGCCGCUGGAGGCGCUGAAGCUGAAGGCGCUGGCCAUGCUGACGGAGGCGGUGCAGGACGGCGGGCAGCACAGCCGGGACCCGGUGGGGGGCAGCGUGCAGUUCCACUUCGUGCCCAUCCUCAAGCUGGUCUCCACCCUGCUUAUCAUGGGUGUCUUCGGGGACGAGGACGUGCGGCACAUCCUGCGCAUGAUCGAGCCGGCCGUCUUCGGGGACCCCGCCGAGGAGGAGCGGGGCGAGGCGGAGAAGCUGGAGGAGGAGGAGGGGGAGAAGGCUGGGGCGAAGGCUGGCGAGGAGGAGGCCGAGGGGCUGGAGGAGGGGCUGCUGCAGAUGAAGCUGCCUGAGUCGGUGAAGCUGCAGGAGAUUCGCUUCCCUAAGAUGGUCACCAACUGCUGCCGCUUCCUCUGCUACUUCUGCCGCAUCAGCCGCCAGAACCAGCGCUCCAUGUUCGACCACCUCAGCUACCUGCUGGAGAACAGCGGCAUCGGGCUGG